CCAACCUCCAUGACGUCCUGGUAGGUACUACUCUGCAUAAACAAAACCAGGCAAAAACAGAUAACGAAUGAAUGAAAAAGCCUCCCCUCCUCUUUCUUCUUCGGUGACAAUCGAUCAAUCUUCACACCUCGUCUCCUAACUCCCAACAUAUACGAAGACACUACAGUACACAGUGAUACAGCAUGUCUGGCAGACGGUAUUCUAGCCUCAUCGAUGAGGCGGAGGCAGCAGAGGCUCGAAGGACGACGACAGCGGCGGCACCGGGCCAGACCAACGAGCAUCUUGCUCCGGGGCCAUAUACGGGAAACAGCGAGCGUCGCACAGCCGACUACUACAUGGGAAACGGCGCGGCCCUCUCGCCACAGACGACGAAGGCAACGGUGACGGCCGAGCCUGGGUAUACAACCGCGAGCCUUACACCGGAGGCGUCACUCGGCGCGAGUAAUGCGCCCCGAGUCAGCCCCAUGCCGGUAAAACAAACGGCGCAGACCACCACCGCCGCCGAGAAGCCGCAGCCGAUCAUGGAGUCCUCCGGUCCCGUUCCCAGCGGUGACUCGGCACCCACCGAGUCCCACGCGUUGGCGACUGCCGACCACGACGAAAAGGGCGCUGUUCAGAUGCACGGACAGUUCAAUACCAGUCUCGAGGUCAAAGACCUGGGCUGGAAUAAGCCGCCCGAGAAGAUUCCGGCGCCGCUAGUGGGUGGUCUGCCGAAUGAGGAGCUGUGGAUGCUGGUGCGAAGGUUCAAUAAGCAGAUGUAUCACGUCAAGGCGAUCGAGCAUGCUCCGCCUGGUGGACUGGACUUGAAUGUCGCCUCGGAGGAUGAGUUCUCGCCGGAUAAGCUGAGGAGUAAUGUUGAGAGACUGUAUAUGACCGUUAUUGUGGGAAUGGCCGGGUUCGCGAAGCACAUUGCAAGGCUGAGGAGCUGGGGAGAGCGCAGGAGGACGGCAGGGUUCUUUGCGGCGUACUUCUUUGCUUGGGCUGUCGAUAUGGUUAUGCCGCUCAUAAUCGGCACAAUGAUUGUACUGAUCGUCUGUCCACCGUCUCGACAUUUACUCUUUCCACCGGCACCGCUCGCCCUGAUCGACGCGUCUACCGGCGGCAUCAAGAAGCCUACCGCCGGAGUUCUGGGCUCUCACGGUUCUCUCACAGGCGCACCCGAGAAGCACCAUGGUGAAGCUGUAGAGCAAGAAGCCCACAACUUCGUCUCCUCCUUCGGCGCGAUUGCCUUGAGCUCUGCGGCCGGCAAGCAUCCUGGCGAACCCGCGCAGGAGGGCAAGUCUAAGACCGAAGAGGCUGCACCGGAUCCCACUUCCCUCGCCAUGCAAGCAGCAGACGCAAGCGCUUCCGCGGGCGGCGACGACACCUCGACUAAAAACGACAAGGCUAAGAAGCCCGUCGAAGAGGCUAUGUGGGAGAAGGCCAGGCCCGUAAUGCAUGUUGUCGGCGAUGUGGCGGAUGUCUGGGAGAGGUUCGGCAAUGCGUUUUCACCGACGCCGCCGUUCCCGAGGAAUACCGCGAGGUUGAAGUUGGCUGGUGUGCUGGUGCCAAUCUUCUUGCUCUCGUGCUUUGUAAAUGCCUAUGUUGCUACCAAGGCGACGCAGUUCUUUAUUGGCGCGGGAUUCUUUGGCGAUCCGCUCAUUCAGCGGGGUUUGGCGUGGUUGAAUGUGAACGUUCCCAACUGGGAGGAGUACUUGGAUAUCCGAAACUCCCUCCUCAAAGGUGUCCCCACCGACGCACAACUCACAAUCACCCUUCUCCGUAUUGGAGAAGCCUCGUGUGCGCCUCUUCCACCGCCCCCUUCCCGCCACGUCUCUUCUGCCCCCGCUCACGUUGCCAAACCCCUCGACCCGGAGGUGCACACCCUCCCCGACGACACGACCGCGGGCGAAGUGGCCUCGGCUAUACACCCGGACACACCGCCGCACACCGACAGCGAAUCGGAAGACACGCACGCCUCGGCCAAACCCUCCAAAGCCAAAAAAUUCAUCUCCUUCUUCAAAGGCACGACGAAGACCGGCGUCAACACGGCGCUGUCCACGGACCCGCUCAAGGCGUCGAUCGGCUCCAAAGCCGCGCAAAACCGUCUCGGCGUCGUCACGUCCACAGAUGAGCCGCCAGAGUCGGGCCCAAUCGAGUUUCCCUGCCGCUUCCACGGGAAGAAGGGCACGCUAAGGAUCAUCACCAGCGCCGCUUCCCCGUGCAUCUCCUUCUCCCACGAGAAGUCGGACGAUAAGCCAGAGUUUGCCGUUUCCAUCCCUGAGAUUCGAGAGUUGAAGAAGGUGGGCGGGCUGGGAUGGAAGAGUAAACUGAUCGUUGGGUGGAGUAUGGAUAGGAACGUCGUGGAUGGGCUGAGUAUUGUCACCAGUAAGGGCGAGGAGUGGCAUCUUACCGCUGUGCAGCUGAGGGAUGAGCUGUUCAAUAGGCUGGCUGCUAUGGGCGGACAGAAGUGGGAGAGUUGGUAGUGGAGUGGAGUGUUUUUCUCUUUCUUUUCUUUGGGUUUUCGGGGUUGGGAAAAUGAUGGGCGUUGGGCAAUUGGGCACGCAUAUUGUACGACACAUACGAAGCGUAGUUACGGCCUUGGAAUACACAUGUAAUGAAUCCGUGAUCUCGAGUCUCGAUUUGCUAUUAAGGGAAGUGGCAAUGAAAGAUAUUAAUAC